CCGGCCCUCUCGGACCCUGGGCCACCGCGGUGGCGACGCUUCAUUUGAAUUCUCGCCUCUCUCUCUUCGCAGAUAACGAGCCCGCGCCAUGCAGUCCUUUCGAGAAAGGUGUGGUUUCCAUGGCAACCAGCAGAGCUACCAGCCGACUUCACAAGAUACAUCACGCCUGGAGAAUUACAGGCAUCAAAGUCAGGCAGGGCCGAACUGCGAGCGGCAGAGGCUGGUGGCGAAGGAGUACUACAGUCAGCAGCAGCUGCCGUACGCGGGCUAUGAGAACAGCGCCGUGGAGAAAUACCACCGGGGAAACAAGCAAUUAGCGGGGCAGCAGCUGCAGGGCAGGCCGGCCUUUUCCAAUUACACUGUGCAGGAGAACAGCCCUUAUCCGGCCCGCUAUUCCGGGGACGAGAGCCUGCAGGCGUGGGGUGGCCAGCCACAGGCACUGCCCGGCGGCGUGGCCAAGUAUGAGGACAACCUGAUGAAGAAGACAGUGGCGUUGGCGGGUGGGCGGCCGUACCAUGAGCCGGCGGCCACCUCGCUGCCCUUCCGGACUCACUUCCAGCAGCAGCCGCAGCAGCAGCAGCAGCAGCAACAGCAGCAGCAGCAGCAGCCGCCCGCGCUCCCCUACCCCAAGCUGCAGCGGCAGAAACUGCCCAACGAUGUCUCCUCACCCAUGCCCUUCUCACAGAGCCCUCACUUCGGGCAGCACUCCCAGUCCUUCCCUGCCUCCUCCACCUACUCCUCGGUGCCGGGGGGCAGCCAGCCGGCACACUCCUACAAGAGCUGCACGGCGCCCUCGGGGCAGCCGCCGCUGGAGCGGCCCCUGGGUAGCGCUGCCAGCCUGGCCCCUGGCCCCCGUGUGCCCAACCUGCACGGCUACCAACCCAACCGCAUUGGCUACGAGCAGCCCCCACAGCCGCCGCCGCAGCCCCCGCAGCCGCCACCACCACAGCCCCCACAGCCACCGCAGCCCCCGCAGCCCCCACAGCCCAUGCAGGGGCGGCAUCACGCCUCAGAGACCCUCCACUACCAAAACCUGGCCAAGUACCAACAUUACAACCAGCCAGGCCAGACCUACUGCCAGGGCGAUGCGCCGCCCGUCCGGACGCCGGAGCAGUACUACCAGACCUUCAGCCCCAGCGCCAGCCACUCGCCGGCUCGCUCCGUCGGCAGGUCCCCGUCCUACAGCUCCACUCCCUCCCCUCUGAUGCCCAACCUGGAGAACUUCCAAUACAGCCAGCAGCCCCUGAGUGCUGGUGCCUUCCCGGCCGGCAUUGCUGACCACAGCCAUUUCAUGCCGCUGCUGAACCCUUCUCCCACUGACGGGACGAGCCCCGACACUCAAUCUGGGAACUGCAAAAACUUGCAGAAGGAGAAGCUGCCCGAAAACCUGCUGUCAGAUCUGAGCCUGCAGAGCCUGACAGCACUCACCUCCCAGGUGGAGAACAUCUCCAACACUGUCCAGCAGCUGCUGCUCUCCAAAGCGGCUGUGCCCCAGAAAAAGGGCAUCAAGACCCCAGCAAGGACCCCUGAGCAGCUCAAGGGGCAGCACUGCAGUCCUGAGAGCAGCACCUACUCGGCAGAGCAGGUGGGGACCCCCCUGUCCGACCCGCUGAGCACCCCCCAGUCUGUCCAUGCUGAAACACAGGACGCUGACUAUCUCAGUGGGUCAGAGGACCAGCUGGAGAGGAGUUUCCUGUACUGCAACCAGAACCGCAGCCCUGCACGAGUCAACAGCAACUCCAAGGCAAAGCCUGAGUCAGUGUCCACCUGCUCUGUGACCUCCCCAGACGACAUGUCCACCAAAUCAGAUGACUCUUUCCAGAGCAUCCACGCCACCCUGCCCCUGGAGACCUUCACCAAGUAUGUGAGCAAUGAACGGGACUGCCCUCGACUGCUCCUCAGCGCCCUGUCCCAGGAGGAGCUGGCUUCUGAGAUCAUCGUCCUGCAGGAUGCCAUCAGUGAGAAGGCAGACAAAGCCUGGGCCAACUUGCCCAUGCUGGGCAAGGAGACCACCAAGUCCCCCUUCCAGAUGGAGAACCACCGGCCCAGCCUGGACUCCAUGGUGAAAGGUGCCUGGCCCAGCCAGGGUGACUCCAGCACGCUCACCGAGCCCCUCAAGCUGGACAAAGCUUCAGGGGCCAGCACAGGGAAGGACUUUAGUGAGGAGGUGUACGAGGGUCCUCAGGUGGAGUUUCCAACCACCGAAAGCAAGGAUGUGCUGAAGGACGCUGCCCCACUGGCCUUCAACUCCAAGCCCAGCAUCCCAGCAGCGACUUCAAGCGCGGGAGCCACCAGCUACAGCUGCUACUCAAAUACCACCGCCAACUCGGUGGCGUCUGAGAAUGCCAUGGAGCAUUUUGAGUGGCCGGAGGAGAGCCUGGGUGAGGCCUGCCUGCGGUGGAAGGAUCUCCAGGCCACCGACCUCCCCAAGGGCUUGUUUCCCAGCAAAUUGGUGAGCUCCUGCAAGGAGAAAAAAAACGCCUGCGGCUUGGACCUGUGCGAUGGAGAGCAGCCAGCCAAGAGUGAGCCGGUCCAGGACUUUGGCCAGCAGGUGAUGGAGGAGGAGGAGGAGACACUGACCUAUGAUGAAGCAACAAAGGCAGACAGCGAAAGGUGGCUGCAGGACACCCGGCACUGCUGCUCAGCUGGGGACUUUAGUGAGAUCCCCAUCAUCUCCUCGCCGGAUCUGAAGGAGUCAGACCUGGAGGCAGAGGAGUACUCCUCACUCUGUGAGCUGGCUGGCUCGGAGCAGAAGUCAGUGACAUACGAUGCCUCACCACCAAAGCCCCCAGAGAUGCCAGCUGUGCUGUCCUCCAGCGAGGUGCCUGUAUCUGCCGAGGAGACCGUCAGCACAGUGGAGAAGGAGAGCUCAGCUUCCACCCCACGCCUCUCUGGCCAGUCUGUUAUCCUGCUGGGCCCUGCUGUGGGCACGGAGACCAAGGUGAAAAGCUGGUUCAAAUCCUCCCUGCCCCAUAUCCAGCCUGAGGAGGAGAAUGGCGGAGGGGAGACAUCCCACCUGGAGGCGGCCGAUGCUGAAUCCACCUCAUCGGUCAUGGUGAAGCAGCAACUCACGCCUGAAAAUGUGCUGAGGAAGAUGGAGCCUGUGUCACGGGGCAAGAGCCUCCGCAACAAGAGGGUCCACUGCCGGCUGCCAGAGGGGGAUGGCCCCGGCAGCACCGUGCUGAGUCCGUUCGAUGAGCUGUCAGCAGCCAGCCUGGGGCCAGACGGACAGACAGAGGCACCAAGCAAGAGCACCCAGAGCCAAACACCCCGGUUUCCAGCCGAGGGGCUGCCAGCACGCAUGUGCACCCGCUCCUUCACCGCCCUGGCCGAGCCCCGUGCCCCUGCCCCGCUGGAGGGACUGAAGGCCCCCACGCACCAGGAGAAGCUGGGGAAGAAACCCGGCUGUGGCGUGAAGCAGCGAGUGGCUUUCAAAACCAGGAAGCGCAACAGCCGGCCGGCCCCCAGGGUGGUCCAAAACGCCAGCGAUGCCACCCUCCUGGUGCCCGGCUUGGUGGUGGCGGAGGAGGUGGCAGGGCCGACACCGCUGGAGGGGGACGCGGUGGAAGCCGGGGAGAGGGACCAGCGGUCGAUGAUCCUGCGCUCCCGCACAAAGACACAGGAGGUUUUCUACACCAAGCGGCAGAGGGGCAAGCGGGCAGCUGAUGUCCGGCUGAAGAACUGCAAGGCGCCCAAGAAGCUCAUAUCCAACAACCACCUCCCACCUGCUUUCAAGCUGCCAGCACCAGGCAGCCCCCACAAGGAGGGCAAGGUGGGUGCCCGGAUGAAGCUGCCCAAAGCAGGGCCGGGCGUGGGGGGCAAGAUGUCAGAGCGGCCGCUGCACUCACUGAAAAGAAAGUCCACCUUCAUCUCCCCCAUCCCCACCAAGAAGAGGAACCUGGUCCUGCGGAGCAACAGCGGUGGCGUGAAGGAGGAGAAGCCAGAGGGUCCCCCCAGCCUCUUCAAGAAGAUGCCGGUGGCCAAGAAGGUGAAAGCCAAGCUGCCCACCAAGAGCUCUGGCGAAGCCAUCCUGAAGCCCCCGCUGCCAAAGGAGGCCCCUGAUGUCUGCAUCAAGAUCACCUCCCGGGCGGCCUUCCAGGAGGCCACCAAGACCAAAGUGCUGCCUCCCCGCAAGGGCCGCGGCCUCAAGCUGGAAGCCAUCGUCCAGAAGAUCACCUCCCCCAACCUGAAGAAGUUCACCUGCAAACCAGCAGCCACAGCAGUGGCAGCCACAGUAGCUGCCUAUGGCUCCUCCCUGAGCCCGGCUGGGGCGGAGCGGGUGGUGAAGCACAGUGGGCUGGCUGUGGCAGUGGGCGAAGCGAGGCUGCCCAGGCUGGGGGCAGCACAGAAGGUGCCCACAAUGCCGGUGGCUGAGCCGCUCUGCCGGAACCCCAAUGGCCGAGCGCCAAAGGGGAAGCCGGGUGGUGGGAAGAAGCUGCCCCAUGACGGCUGCCAAGGGGAGGCUUGUGGGUCAACGCCAGGAACCCAGUCCAGCCCCAACAUGGUAGCCAAAAACAUGGGGCUCCUGCCCAAGAAGAGGAACCGCAAGGGCAAAGCAGCAGCGCUGGGCAUGGCCAAGGCACCCCUGAGCCCCGCACUGGCACCACCGCUGCCCCGGGAGCGCGUUGCCGGCCCGGGUGGCGCGGAGGAGGCGCCUCGGGAGAAGAAACCAAAGACUGAGGAGAAGGAGGCGGGGAGCAGCGACGGCCCUGCCGAGGGGCGCUCCGCCGCCGGGCCGGCGCGGGGCCCGAAGCCGCGGGCCAACCACUCCAACUACAACGGCUACUCCAAGCGGCAGCGGAAGCGCCUGGGCCACGGCAAGGCCAAGGCGGUGCCGGCGCGCUGCAAGAGCCGCGGGAAGCGGCGGCGGCAGCCCCAGCAGGCCCCGCUGCUGCACCCCGCCGAGCCCGAGAUCCGCCUCAAGUACAUCUCCUGCAAGCGGCUGCGGGCGGACAGCCGCGCCCCGCCCUUCGCUCCCUACGUCCGCGUGGAGCGGCGCGGAGACUUCACCACCGCCUGCACCGUGGUCAACUCGCCCGGCGACGAGGCGCGGCUGCAGCGGGGACCGGCCGGGCCGGCGCCGCGGCCGCGGGCGGCGCUGCCCGCCUCCUCCACCAUGCACAUGGGGCCGGUGGUGUCGAAGGCGCUGAGCGCCGCGUGCCUCGUCUGCUGCCUCUGCCGCAACCCCGCCAACUACAAGGACCUGGGGGACCUGUGCGGGCCCUACUACCCCGAGGACUGCCUGCCCAAGAAGAAAUCCCGGCUGAAGGAGAAGGCGCGGGCGGAGGGGCCGGGCGAGGACUCGGCCGUGCCCGAGCGGGCGCCCCGCGGGCCCGAGGGCGGCUGCGGGAAGGCGGCGCGGCCGGAGGCGGCGGCCGAGGCGGCCAAGCAGAGCUCGCUGCGCUCCAGCCCGCGGGGCAUGUUCCGUCGGCUGCAGAGCUGCUACUGCUGUGACGAGAGGACAGAGGGCGAGGAGGCGGCCGAAAAGCCCCGGCGGCACGAAUGUCACAAGGGCGAGUCCCCGCCGCAGGAGCCGGCGGGCGACACGCAGGAGCACUGGCUGCACGAGGCCUGUGCCGUAUGGACCGCUGGGGUUUUCCUGGUGGCGGGGAAGCUCUAUGGGCUGCAGGAGGCUGUCAAGGCGGCUGCCGACCUGAAGUGCUCGAGCUGCCAGCAAGCAGGAGCCACCGUGGGCUGCUGCCAGAAGGGGUGUCCCCACACCUACCACUACGCGUGUGCCAUCGACACAGGCUGCUUAUUAACUGAGGAGAGCUUCUCUCUGAGAUGUCCCAAACAUAAGAGGCAGCCGGUGUAGCGCCCGCGGGCAGCCGCCCCGCCGCCAGCGAGGGACCGCAGAG